AUGAGUCAAGGGAGUGGAGAUGCAGCUGAGAAGAGAAAUGAGCCGCCACCAUCCAAGAUCGAGGCAUUGGAUGGCUCAAACUAUGAGGAAUGGAGCGGGCGGAUGCGGAGUGCAUUCAAGCGCUACAAGCUGCUGAAACUUGCGAUGGGUGAAGAGAAGAUGCCAGAGGAAGGAGAUGCCCGCGAUCGGUGGACUGAGAAGAGUGCGGUGCUGUACGACCUAAUCCUCCAAUCGGUCAACAACGAUAUGUUCCAACACAUCAAGGAUUUGGUGGAGUUGGAUGAUUUCGGACCAAAGGCGUGGAAGCUACUGCGCGACGUGAUUCAGCCCAACACGCUGCCGAUGGUAAUUGUGUUGGAGAAGGAGCUGGCUGCCCUCUCCAUGCGACCCGGCGAUGAUGUGAAGCUGGUCCUUGACAAGAUCAAGGACACCUAUGCGAGGAUGGCAGCAGCGGGCAGCAAUGUGUCGCAGAUGCAGCAGUGUACCAAGAUCAUCUCGAGUGGCUACGGCAGCAGAUUCUGCAGGAGGACUUCCGCAGGUGCCACACGGGUGGUGGUGCUGCCAACAAAACUGCUGAGGGAUAUGGAGCUGCAGGAGGCAGCAGAGGAAGAGGGGGAGGGAGAGGUCGAGGCCGUGGGAGAGGCUUUGGCAGAGGGAGAGGCCGAGGUGACUAUAACGAGGGGCAUGGGAGCUCUGGUGGCAGGGGGAGUACCCGAAUGGAGGGAGCGUGCUGGUACUGCAAGAAGGCUGGACACCCGUGGUUCAAGUGCUUUAGCCGGCCUGAGGGAUGGGCACCCCCAGGCAUGA